UUUAUUGAAGCUUUAGGAUGUGAUAACAUCAUCGAUUUGAAAAAACACCCGAAAUCCAAAAUCAGAACUCAAUCCGGUCCGAUUCCUAUUACAAAAUACCAGAUUACCCGCAUUUUCUUCAAAUCAAAUCGGCUACAAAUACGUGUGGAUUUUGUUUCCAUUUCAGUCGUCUUCUGAGCGUCAUAAACAGUAGCAAAGAUGCUUGAUGUUAUUGCUUGCUGGCGAUUUCACAUCGCUUAAACCCUAAUCUAACUAGUCAUUAACGAUCGCUAUGCGAAGGAUCUGAUAUGAGUAAACUAGAUCUAGACAACACCAUGACUGUAAGAGCAAAAUCUAGAAUGCAGCCACGUGUAGGGUUAGAAUUUGAUUCAGCAGAAGCAGCCCAAGCAUACUAUACGUCGUACGCAGCUCAAGCCGGAUUCAGAAUCAGAAUCGGUCAACUUUACAGAUCGAGAGUUGACGGGUCAAUUAUGUCAAGAAGAUACGUUUGUUCACAAGAAGGCUUUCAAACUCCUAUGAGAACAGGCUGUCCAGCUUUCAUAAGAGUACAAAAGGACGAUUCUGGAAAAUGGGUUCUAGCAACCAUGAAAACCGAACACAAUCAUGAUCUUUAUUUUUCGGGUGAAAUUUCUCCCCCAAUUAUUCAACAAAAAGCCCUUCCCGACCCAAAACCGAUAUCCGCUGUGUCAUCAAGAACCACCGGAAUCAGAUCACUUGAAGAUGAUGACCUGUCUGGUGAUAACCAUAAUAUCGAUCUUAAACGGCUCAAACAGGAAGAAAUUGAAUCCAAAUUCGAACCCAGAGUUGAACCGUUCACGGGUCUUGAGUUCACAUCUGCUAGUGAAGCUUACAAAUUCUACAACAUUUAUGCAGCUAACAUGGGUUUCAAAGUUCGAAUUGGUCAGUUAUUUCGUUCGAAAAACGACGGGUCGAUAACUUCUAGACGAUUCGUGUGCUCAAAAGAAGGCCAUCAACACCCUUCAAGGGUCGGGUGUGGAGCAUAUAUGAGAAUACAGAGACAAGGAACCGCUCGAUGGGUUGUUGACCGUUUAUCGAAAGAACACAACCAUGAACUCGACUCACCGUAUGACACAAAUCAGAUAAAUAGUAAAUCUUUUAAGGAGGAAUUAAUGGAAAAUCUGGAUUUACAUGAAACAAACGGUGGUUUUAGUUUAGUUAAAAGAGAUAGAGGAAGCGGAAUCGGAAUCGGAACUCAGUGGUAUAACGUACUUCUAGAAUAUUUUCAAACCCGUCAAUCUGAAGAUACCGGCUUUUUUUACGCAACAGAAGUCGAUGAUAACGGGAGAUGCAUGAGUGUCUUUUGGGCCGAUGGACGGUCAAGAUUCUCUUGCACUCAAUUUGGUGAUGCAAUCGUUUUCGAUACAUCAUACAGGAGAUCGAGUUACACCGUACCGCUCGCUUCGUUUGUCGGUGUGAAUCACCAUAGACAACCCGUGCUGUUAGGAUGUGCGCUAAUAUCAGAUGAAUCAGAAGAGUCGUUUACAUGGGUUUUCCAAGCGUGGGCCCGGGCCAUGUCUGGAAAACGACCCGUUUCCAUCAUCGCCGAUCAAGACAAACCCGUUCAGAAUGCGAUCGCACAAGUUUUCCCGGGAACACAUCAUCGAUUCUCCCCGUCGCAGAUUCUUGCUAAAGAACGUGAAAAUCUCGGGCCGUUACGGUCCAUGGAGGAAUUCAAAAUCGAAUACGAAAGUUGCGUUUCGCAAAGCCAAACCGCCAGUGAAUUCAAUUCUGCGUGGGGUGUGCUUAUCGCUAAAUAUAAUUUAGAGGAAAACACGUGGUUAAAUGAAAUGUACGAAAUGAGAAAAAGCUGGGUCCCACUGUAUAUACGGGGUACGUUUUUCGCUGGCAUCCCGGUAGACGGGGAUUUGAAAUCGUAUUUUGGAACUUUUCUAACACCCGAAGUACCACUUACCGAAUUCCUAACACGUUAUACAAAAGCUAUCGAACAUAACCGUGAAGAAGAACGAAACGAAGAUUCCAACUCAUUCGAUUUACAACCCGUUCUUCAUACAAAAGACCCGUUAGAGGAACAAUGUAGCCGGCUAUACACCAUAACCGUAUUCAAAGCAUUCCAACAAGAGCUUCUAGAAAGUUACAACUACGUUGGAAUAAAGAUAAACAUGGAAGGCACGGUUAGCCGAUAUUUAGUUCAAAGAUGUGGGAACGGAGAUGAACGAAACACGGUUGCAUUUAACGCUUCGAAUCUUAAUAUCAGUUGCAGCUGCAGGAUGUUUGAGUUUGAGGGUAUUCUAUGUCGGCACGCGUUAAAAGUUUUCCAAGUUAUGAACGUAAAAGAAGUCCCGUCCAGUUACAUUUUGCACAGGUGGACUAAAAAUGCGAAAUAUGGAAUUAUUCGGGACGUCGAGUCUGUUGGCGGGUCUAAAGAUUUGAAGGCGUUGAUGGUAUGGAGUUUAAGGGAAGAAGCUUGUAGCUAUAUUGAUGCAGGUUCAGCUUCUAUAGAAAGAUACAAAUUGGCUUUCGAGAUAUUGCAGGAAGGCAGGCGUAAUCUCUGCUGGCAAAAUUGAACAAAGGUAGGGGUGAGCUCAAUACUGUGCCAAUACCGAAAUACCAAAACUGAAUAUGAGUGAAAAACAAACUGAAUAUUGUACCGAUGAUGGAGGUGCUACUAGUACUGGUACUGAUGUUCGGUCGGUAAAGAAUGCCUAGUUCUAAUUUCAGUCAACUUUUUAUUCCUACAAAACGAGGUAGACGAGAUUUUUAUGGGAGGAGGCCUAGAAGGGUAAAAUAUUAUUAGUUUACCACUUAUUAAAAAAACAUUUGCAACUUGAUUUAUUCUUUAACCAAUUUUAACUUUCAUGAAUUUAUUUAUAUCA